CAUACCUCAUGAUCCUGGUCCCAACUGCUGUGUGAGCUACUUUCUGCCGCUGUGAUAAAACGCCACGACCAGAAACUUAUGGAAAGAAGUUCAUUUUGGUGUAUGGUUGCAGAGGGAGGAGAGUCCAUCAUGGUUGGGAGACAUGGCAGCAGACAGGCAUGACAGCUGAAGUGGGAAGCUGAGAGCUCAAGCCUUCAACAUUAAGCAGGAAGUGGUGAAAGCAAACAGGAGACGUCGUGAAACAAGAAAUGCCUAAAGGUGGCCCCAGCAUUGUACUUCCUCUAGGUUUUUGGGAGAGCCAAUUGGAACUCCGAAAGCGAUUCGGACGUCUGUGUGGGUACUAUCUUGGUCGUGGGAUGCCCGUUGUUAUUUCUGAGCCAGACGUGAUCAAGCAGACGUUGGUCGAGAACUUCAGUAACUUUUCCAACAGAAUGGCCUCAGGUCUGGAACCCAAGCUAGUAACAGACAGCAUCCUGUUGUUGCGUGGCAGAAGAUGGGAAGAAGUCAGAGGUGCCCUGAUGUCUGUAUUCAGUCCUGAAAAGUUGAAUGAGAUGACACCUCUCAUCAGCCAAGCCUGUGAACUUCUCCUGGCUCACUUAAAAAGCUAUGCAGCAUCUAGAGGUGCAUUCGACAUCCAGAGGUGUUACUGCUGCUACACCACAGAUAUGGUGGCCAACAUGGCCUUUGGCGUCCAGAUGGACUGGAAUGCUCCAGAAGAUCCCUAUGUACAACACUGCCGGCGUUUCUUUGCCUUCGCCUGGCUCCCCAGGCCUCUCCUGGCUUUACUCUUGUCAUUUCCAUCCAUAAUGGUCCCAUUGGCCCGGAUUCUGCCCAAUAAGAACCGAGAUGAAGUGAAUGGCUUUUUUAACAAACUCAUUAGGAAUGUGAUUGCCUUACGGGACCAGCAAGCAGCAGAAGAGAGGCGAAGAGACUUCCUGCAGAUGGUGCUGGAUGCCCAGCACAGCAUGAGCUCGGAGGGCGUGGAAAGCUUUGACAUGGUCACAGAAGCCCUGUCCUCUACCGAGCGCACAGAAGACCCACCCCAAAGGAACCAUCCUACAUCUGUGUCUAAGCCUUUAACAGUGGAGAAAAUUGUGGGCCAGGCCUUCCUUUUCCUCACUGCUGGCCACGAGAUCAUAACGAACAUGCUCUCCUUCAUCACAUACCUGCUGGCUACCCACCCUGACUGCCAGGAGAGGCUCCUGGAAGAGGUGGACCUCUUCAUGGAGAAGCAGCCAGCUCCGGAGUACCGCAGCCUGCAGGAAGGCCUGCCCUAUCUGGACGUGGUGAUUAAGGAGACCCUGAGGAUGUACCCACCAGCUUUCAGGUUCACACGGGAGGCAGCACAGGACUGUGUGGUGCUGGGACAGCAUAUCCGAGGUACUGUGCUGGAGAUAGCUGUGGGUGCCCUACACCAUGACCCAGAGCACUGGCCAUACCCUGAGACCCUUAAUCCUGAAAGGUUCACAGCAGAGGCCUGGCUUCAGCAGAGGCCCUUCAUGUACCUGCCCUUUGGAGCUGGUCCCAGGAGCUGCCUCGGGGUGCGGCUGGGGCUGCUGGUGGUCAAGCUGACGCUACUCCAGGCCCUACACAAGUUCCACUUUGAAGCUAGCCCUGAGACCCAGGUUCCACUUCAGGUAGACUCCAGAUCUGCCCUAGGCCCUAAAAAUGGAGUCUACAUCAAGAUUGUGUCACGCUGA